UUUUAGGGUGAUUGUACUUAUCUAUUUGACAGCUGUAGCUAGAAGUUUGAAAAACAAAUUAAUUCAUGAUAUAAAAAAUAUUUGACAUUUGUUAAUCCUAAAUAGAAUUGCAAUAUCUAUUUGUAUAGUAUUGCAACAAAUGAAUAGUUUCAUUAUGGAAUGGUCUGCUAUUUAUUUUCUAAACUAAUCUAUUGAUUUCUUGGUUUGUAAAAAGCCUAAAAAUAGUGAGAAAUGUAAACACAAUCAUAAAGAGGUUAAAGUCACAUUAUUGACAAAAUAAAUUAAUUUUAUUUGGAGAAGCAGCAAAUUCGUAAAGAAGCAACACAUUCGUAAAGCUGCAAAAUCCAAUGAUUUUGUAUUUGUAUGGUUGUCAUUUCCGUCAUAUGUCACAUAUGUGUAGCUGCAUGUAUCAAAAUAAAAAAUGUGUCACCUUCAUCGAUGGGGCUUGGGACGCAUCUUUAUUCCUCCGGUCCAAACUCCGAGGCAGAAGGUGGCGUCAUUUACAAUGCAACGUUAGCUCUUAACUCAAGAUGUGGGACAGAUGAGGGAGGCAGUGCGCUCCGCAAACUCUCCACGGUCUCGUCUGAUAGCUAACGCUAGCUUAAACCAGCCAUGUAACGUCAGUCGGCCAACCUGUUCCCCGACGGAGACCAUAAACCUUUCAACGCUUUUGAAGAAUAGAGAUUACUUAUCGGGGUAUCGUGACUUCCGGACUCUAAUGAACAUCCCUGGCGGCAUCCACCACCACCAACAACAACAACACCACCAUCCAUCCAUCAUCACCGCCGCUGGCUAACAAGCGGUUAGCAUUAGCAACACUCAGCUGUCACUCCGGAAGGCCGCUGCACCGGGUGGAGAUUUAACUUUCUCUCUCCUGGACCGAAUCAACGCCAAGUCGCUAUUUAAUGAUAACUUGCUGUUUGUCAUAACCCGCUCCAGUUGCGUUAGCUUGUUGGCUAACGUUAGCCGUGACGUCAGAUAUCUGUGGGAAAUGACCUCUCAGUGCUUGUGAUGUCCACGAAACAUUCUCAUCCUCAGUCCAAAAAUAAUUCCUUGAUUGUGAUGCUCACACCGUGAAAGUUCAGGAGCUGAGGGCUGGCCAGAAGGAGCCCAGACUACUGUCACUAAUUGAGAGCAGGGGCGCGUUUGUAUUGGCUGUUUUGGCCACCCCUGAUGCUGUUGCGUCUCGUCCAGUGGCUCAGCUGUCUAUUCCCAUCAAUGGUCAUUUUGAAAUUGUGCGAGAGGCUGAAGAGGCUCUUCUUAUUAACUUAUCAGUAGCUUCCGGCAUUAGGAUACGAAUCAAAGGAGAUAGGGCUCCAGAGCUGCUGAUGGAACUCCAGGACGAUGAUCGGACUCAGACUUUCUUAACCCAGGUGAUGAGUGCACAACAACAAGUUGAAUCCAAACUCCCAAAACCCAAAGCGAUGGAGCCCUUUGCAUCGACAGCCCCCACCCCACCGCAAAGAGCAAACAAGGCCGCUAACUCUGUGGGCUCCGGAGUCAACCCCCCAAAAUCUACCAAUGCACUGCCUCCCAACCUCAACAACAGCAGGUCAUUAAAUCAGACCAAGACAGAUCUAGUUCAAUCACUUGCCUCCGACUUUGGCUUUGAGGACCAGUUCAAUCAAGCUCUCAAAGUGGAGGAAAAGAAGAACCACCAGAAUCGCAUCGUUGCUGUGAGGGAGCCUCCGCCGAUUCCCCCUCUACCUCCGCGCAAAGCCUCCUACGCGCCAUCCAAUCCUCUGCCUGCUGUGCCGAGCCCCAAAGACAGAGCUGUCUCCCUGCAGACCAAAGACCACUCCAAACCAGAUAGUUUUAGGUCAGGGUAUGACGGCAUGGACAGGCCAACGUCUUGGUCCGACAGCCCCACCACCAACAGCAUGAGACAGGCCAUGUCUUCCAGCCCGGCAGGACAAAGAGAAUACCUCGUCAAACACCGCCUGGGUAAGAAAGAGAACGAGUAUGUGGACCUCAAGACCUACAGGUUUUUCACCGGUACGUGGAACGUGAACGGCCAGGCUCCAGACAGCAGCCUCGCGCCGUGGCUCUGCUGUGAUUCAGAACCGCCGGAUAUUUACGCUCUGGGUUUUCAAGAGUUGGACUUGAGCACCGAAGCUUUCUUCUACAUGGACUCGUCCAAGGAACAGCUGUGGGUGGAAGCGAUGGAGAGGAGCUUGCACCCAAAAGCCAAAUAUAAGAAGGUCCGAAUCAUACGCCUUGUUGGGAUGAUGCUCGUGGUGUUCGUCAAAAAGAUUUACAAGAACCACAUAAAAGAAGUGGCUGCUGAGCAUGUGGGGACCGGAAUCAUGGGGAAAAUGGGGAACAAAGGAGGCGUGGCGGUGAGGUUUGUUUUCCACAACACCAGCUUCUGCAUCGUCAACUCCCAUCUAGCUGCACACGUGGAAGACUUUGAGCGCCGCAACCAGGACUACAAAGACAUCUGUUCCCGCAUGACCUUCCACUUACUGGACCACCCCCCUCUCAAUAUCGUCAAGCACGAUGUGGUAAUCUGGCUCGGGGAUUUAAACUAUCGUCUGUGCUUGUACGAUGCUGCGGACGUCAAACUUCACAUUUCUCAGAAUGAGCUAAAAAGGCUUCAGGACGUUGAUCAGUUAAACAUUCAGAGGCGGACAAAGAAAGCCUUCACAGACUUCAUGGAGGGAGAAAUCACCUUUAUCCCCACAUACAAGUAUGACCCCAAAACGGAUCGAUGGGACUCGAGCGGGAAGUGCCGUGUCCCGGCUUGGUGUGACAGGAUCCUGUGGAGAGGAAACAAUGUCAAGCAGCUCCAAUAUCGGAGUCACAUGGAGCUGAAAACUAGUGACCACAAGCCCGUCAGCGCUCUCUUCAGCGUAGGGGUUAAGGUGGUAAAUGAGCCGCGCUACAAGAAGGUGUUUGAGGAGAUUGUUCGGGCGAUGGACAGAAUGGAGAAUGAUUUCCUUCCAUCUGUAACCCUGGACAAGAGAGAGUUCACGUUUGCUAAUGUGAAAUUCCGGAAGCUUCAGAGGGAGCGCUUCGUAAUAACAAAUGACGGGCAGGUCCCCUGUCACUUUGCCUUCAUCCCAAAACUCAAUGACUCGCAGUAUUGCAAGCCUUGGCUCCGGGCCGAGCCCAGCGACGGAUUCUUAGAGCCGAAUGAGACCUUGGAGAUCUAUCUGGACGUGUAUGUCAGCAAGGACUCUGUCACGCUGCUGAACUCUGGAGAAAACGCCAUCGAGGACAUCCUGGUGCUCCAUUUGGACCGUGGCAAGGACUACUUUAUUACCAUCUCUGGCAACUACCUGCCCAGCUGCUUCGGCACCUCACUGGAGACCCUGUGCCGCAUGAAGAAGCCCAUCAGAGAGAUCCCCAUCACCAGACUAAUUGACCUGGGAGAGGACAGCUACAUGGAAAAGGAAAAGUCAAAGAUGAGUUUCCUGAUGGUGGAGGGUUCAAGUACCGAGGACAAACCUCUAAAGAUCCCCAAAGAAGUCUGGAUUCUUGUCAACCAUCUCUUCACCAAGUCCUGUGAUCAGGAGGACUUGUUCCAGACACCAGGACUGCAAGACGAGCUGCAGAGCAUCAUUGACUGUCUGGACACCAGCAUCCCGGACUCCAUCUCUGGUUGUAACCACUCUGUCGCAGAGGCUCUGCUGAUCUUCUUGGAGGCCUUGCCGGAGCCCGUGUUGUGUUAUGAACUCUACCAUCGGUGCCUGGAAUGCGCUCACGACAGCCGCCUCUGCAAACAGUUGAUCUCCCAGUUGCCCCGAGCUCACCGCAACGUGUUUCGCUACUUGAUGGCUUUUUUGAAGGAGCUUCUCAAGCACGCGCACAACAACAACCUAACGGCCAGCCUCAUAGCUACACUCUUUGCCAGCCUCCUCAUCCGACCCCCUCCCAACCUGAUGGGAAAGCACACGCCACACGAGCGUCAGAAAGCCAUCGACUUCAUCCUGGGCUUCCUGAUGGCGGGAGACGAGGAAUAAAAGAGAACGGCGGUACCUCGGCAUGUCGGCCGGGUUUGGAGCCGAGUCCCGACCGGCCUUUCUGUUGGACCUGAACUAAACUGUGUUUUAUCACCUAUUGGAGACCAGUGCAGUGCACCCAACCUUUUCACAAACGUUCAUCGGAGAGGUACUCAACGCUGCAUUAGAUGUGUGGGAUUUGACCCAAGUGUCAUCUCUCCAGCUUGCUGGAUUUGGAAGCACUUGGGAUAGGUUUGAACUGAUGCCUAUUCACUUGUACGACCCCCUGGCCCCGUGGCUCCCGGCCGGAUCGUCCUUGUCCUCAGCUUAAACUUCUUCUUAGGUUAAAAUGCCAAAACAACUGCUGAGCCGUCAGUGAUGAGAAUGUGAAAACACUAUGUGCUAUGUAGAUUCUAAGCGAAAGGCUCAAUUACACUAAAGAAGAAACUAUUUCCUGAAGCUUUAAGACAUAGACUGAAUAAAUAUAACAAUAUAAUGCAUUAAUCAAAUGGGAUCAUUUUGGAUAUUAAUCACUAAGAAUGCUUAAGCUUUAGAUAAAUCCCGACAAUCAUCUGUUUUAAAUGAGGGGACAAUAUUAUAGAUAUCUUCAAUAACUAUUUGUUACCAUAUUCAUUGUAUUUUAACUGUUAUUUAUUUGUUUUUCUUGAAAGUUUGACACAUCUGAAUAUUUUCAGUUUUCUACUAAAUUUAUUUUCACCUAUUAAUGCUUUUAAGAUAUUCAUUGCUUAUAUGUAUCAUCCUACUGUGGAAAAACUUCCUGAGUGUUUGGUUUGACUCGCACCUCGCUUUGCCAGUUCUACAUAGAGUUACAAAACAAGUACGUUGACACACUAACUUCCUGGUUAACCGGAAUCGAGCGAGGCGCCGCCCUGAGGCUCCUGACGUCUUCAGUGAUGUAGUCAUUGUUUCCCCGCUCCAUGGGUAUUUGACUGUUGUCAUGGUGACGCAAAUCUGUGAUGGUGUCUACAGUGAAGUGUUACUGUCCAUGUCAGUGUUUUUUUUUUUUUUUACUACAUGUCUUUUUCCUCACUUCUGCCACAUGUUGAAGCCCAUUUGUCGUUGUUUCUGUGUUCCCUUACUGGUGAAUCCAGAUGAGUGUCAUUUGUGUAAACCUUUCUCAUUUGUGGUACUGAGGACUUUCUACAGUCACGGUUGUGAAACAUGCCGUCGUUAUUGAAAUAAGGAACUGUUUAUAGCAGAGUGUCAUUUCCUCUUUUACAGUUGAAGCGAUGUCAGCGUUAUUUUUUUUCGACGUAAGUGUCCCUUUGAGCCCGGAGGUUUUCUCCUUCGAUGCUUCAUGAGAUUAUGAGGAUUUAAUUUUGGGACAUUAUGUAAUGUUACAACACUGACACUCUUAGACACUUAUAGAACUUGCGUUAAAGGUGCUCUAUCAUUGCAUAUUUCUUUCUGUCUGAUUGCCAUCAAUUCACUAAGUUGUGAUUUGUUUUUAUCAACCGUAGCUUUGACCAAAGGUGGCUCGACCCUGAAUGAAUAGUUCUUGGUGAUUCAGAUCUGAGAGAUCCAUUUUACAAAAGCCCUUUAUUGUUAUUGUGUUAAACACCCGAUCAAUAUAUUCAAUAACUAAUAAUUUCAAGUGUUUUCUUGUCCCACUUUAUCUUUGAAUGUAUUUAUGUGGAUCCAUUUAGCUUCUCCGUCUUCAGUUUUGUCACAUUUUGAUCAUGCAUCUAAGGUACAUGAGGAAACACUUGCACCAUGUUUUCCCCUUUCAUAUAUUUGGUGCUUUUAAUUUAUUUAAUAGAAAUAAAACUGUCAUAAGCC